ACCAGACUGUCCUGCCUCAGACAGCUGAGCUUACACCCGGACAAACCCUCUAUCUCAGUGGGUUUCCCGUCCUGGGAGUCCAGGGAGAGGAGCUUGAGAUAGAGACUGCCAAGAGUCAUCUGGCCUUUAAUUCAUCUGAUUUAGCAGGAAGACCAGCGUGGGAAGCUCAGAUGUUUUUCAGGCUCCCAAGACUCACUCCUGGCUACAUCAGGCUGCUGCAGACGCAGGCCUACCAUAAUGUGGCCGUGACGCCUCCGGCGGAGAAGACCGUGCCUGGUAUGGCUAUGCUGCUGGGAGCCGUUGGGAUCGGGAUGUGUGGCUACAGCUCCAAGCAGUUGGCCCUCUACCAUCGGCCCUCUUCCCGUGUCCUGCAGUGGAUCGGCACGCACACUGAUGCCAGUGCAGUGGCACACAGGAUCCCCGUCCUGGAUGUGACUCGCCGGGCCGGUGCCUGCCAGGAGAUCCCACCUCCCUCGUUCGUUGGCGACAAAGUUCCCUCAAAUUAGUCUGUGGUGAUAGUUUGGCCGGCACCAUAGGUUGAGUUCCGGUAACUACGCUUGGUCAUGUCUAAGAUUGUAGCUAUGCCGGCCCAUUGCACCAAUGCGGCCCAUGUGCUCUCUGAAGACAUGCUGCUGUGGAUAUCUGACUGAACCUAUGUGUUGGCACGAAAUAAGAAACAGUAUCAUGAAGAGAUAUGGAGUUCAGUAACAAUAGUUCACAUUCUACUGGAUUGGUUCACUUAUUCACUAAUAACUAGGCCGUUUAAUGCACAGAGAGGGCACUAAGCAGCAUGAAUGAUGGGAUGAGUACGUAACUGGUGCUGGAACUUCCCAGAAACUGUGGCUGAAUGUGGCUUGAAUGAGCUAGCACGACUAAUUUGGAGGCAUUGUGUGUCUUUUCGAGUACUGAGGUAAAAAGAGAGUGAUGCUUGGCAGCGCUCCUCUGUACACAGAUGGUUGGCAUCUCUCUCUCUCUGACCUCCUUUCCAUCUUUUCCCAGGCAGAAAGCCAUGUGUAAGUGCUUGAGCAGCCCAUCCUUGCCCAUGACUUCAAUUGAUUUCCUCUGAGGAGGAGCAGGUGCCAUCCAUCAACAAGCCUUGGCAUCUUUUGGUGUAGUCUGCAUUGGCUGUCAAUCAAAAGAGAGCGGUCGAAGACAUAGGUUGGCUUUGGGGCUGAGUCGAUAACCGGUGCGUCUAUUCUGAGGACUUUAAAUUCUCUGAGGAUUCGGUCAGAGUGGUAAAGCAGAGGAUGCUUUUGUGGCUUGAAAACAGCUCUUUUAUCAGAAGAAAGUGGAUCUGUUAUCAAAGCGUGGGCCGUGUAAACAACAAUUGCACAAAUACACUUUGAUGAGACACCGCAGGUGGCGGGUAAGCAAGGUAAAGUGGUGAUUUCUGCAGGAUAAGUCUGUGCCCUCCGUGGGGAUUAACCCUGGUGGAAAACCAUUCCUGGUGCACACACUCAUUAACCUAAUCUGGUAUUAGAGGGUCAGGAUCCAUAAACAGUUCCUGUGCGUCCAAAUAUUGUGCCAUUCCCCCUGCAGUGUCCACCGUUUGUCUCACUGUCAGAUAUGGAUGGACGAGUCUAGAGGUGGUGUUUUCAUUCGUGUUAACACCAAAAAAUGUACCAGAGAGAGCGGAGCUGAGACUCGGCGAGACACUGAGCGUGGUUGAGAAUGCGCGCUGUGCCUUAUGGAUUGCACAAGGUUAUACUGUCGUCAUUGACUGGCUAUUAAAUUGAGCCAGUAUACUUGAGAUUUAUCAGAUAUGGAGAUGAUACAAGGUUUUAUUUCUCACCAAGUAGGCAAGAGAGGGAGAAGGACGCUCCCUGGCAUUCUCCAAAGGAGGAUGUAAGAAAGUUUAGUGUUUCGUCAGUUAGAGGUCAGCCAGACCUUGCAAUCCACGUUCUCAUAGCCAAAAAGCCGUCCUUGUCCCUCUGCCAAAUUGGACAAGUGGCUAGUUGUGGCAGGUUGGGAGUUUUUAAUGCCCCAGUAGUGACCCACCAGUAUUCUAGCACAGAGGGUCACCAACAAAAUGGUCGUAAUCCACUCAGGAGCGGGCUAAUGGCUCCAACUGGCAUCGGAUGUUGGACAGUUGCUCACCUUAUUCUGGACUGAGGCUGACACCUAUAAACAAUUUCAUAAUUGGGUUAUAAGGUUCUCAACAGAGCAGGAAUGCUCUGGAGGAAAUGUACAGAGUAAACCAAAUAGCGCUCAGAAUUACAGACACGUUUGACUAAAAUGUUCUCCACCUGUUUGAAAAUUCGGAUCUGAAAUAAUUGGCCGUGCUUUCACUGAACUGCAGACUGCAGUCGCAUUCAGGCAUUGCACUCCCGGGAGUUUCAGAAUCAAUGUGGACAUGGGCUGGAAGCUGUGUAAUGCACCUAGCUGCUUUUGAUGGAUUCUCUUUAUACUGCAACAGUGCACAGUGAGCACAGAGAACUGCGAAAACCUAUUGAUCUCAAUAAGAGAGUGAAGGAGGAGAGCUUGUCUCCUCGCUGCAGCCGGUUCCUGUUUCACUCGGCAUUGUGCAGUUUAUGAGGAGAAACUGCCGAGAUAGUGCACUGAAUAAUGGGGAUGCUCGAAAACACGUUAGCUCUCGGAUUAAAAAUGCAAGGGAUGUUUGAAAGCACAGUAUUCAUCUGUCAGCGUGCUGGAUGUCACACAUCAGCGCUCAUCCAUUAGCGUCUGUGAAGCUCUACAAACUUGACUUUAGCUGUGCCCAUUAAAGGAGACUUUUGUUCUGUUAGUAAAGUCAUUAAUAUUUAAUGAAAAGAUGUUGGACUAGAUUUAUGAAAUAAAAGCACUUUAGUCACAGCUGUGGCUCAGAUUGUUUCUGUGCAAUUAUGUGGGAUGAAAUUGUUCUUUUUGUACCAAGAAAUAAAUGUUUUAGUCAAGAUUCAA